GGCCAAAGAAGGCGUGUCGUUUCCCGGUCAGCAGCAUCAUCCAGCGGCUCUUUGUCCCGCUGCUGUGUGAGUGUGUGUGUGUGAGUGUGUGUCAGUAACGUUACCGGGCAGAGCUGCUCGAGUCAUGGCGGCAGCGCCCGCUAAUCCUCGCACCGGGAGCACGAGAGCGCUGCUGCCGCCCUGUUAUUACGAGGGAUACCUAGAGAAAAGAGGAGCGAAAGAGAAGGUAGCUCGGCGUUUAUGGACCUGUUUAUGUGGAAACACGCUGUACUUCUUCAACAACCAUAAGGACACAAAUUAUGUAGAGAAGUUGGAUCUGAGUGGGUUUGUGUCUCUGAUCGAUGACCCAAGUCGUGAUAGGAAUCUGGAGGCAGCCAGACUGAACCUCCGCAUGAAGGAUGGAGAAAUCAAACUCACUGCACCAAAUCUGGAGGCGCGUGAGCUGUGGAAAGGUUUUCUUUACUCUGUCGUAGAUCUGGCUGUGCCCACGACUCUCACCCUCCUGCCCGGGCAGCUGCACAUGCUGAAGGAAGUCGUGGAGAAAGAAAAAAUGCGCCGAAAGGCACGUGCAUCUUCCAGAGCCCCCUCGUCCCCCCUCUCGCUCCCGCUGGUGGGGGAAAUACCUGCGUGUUUCAGGCCUGUGUCUCGUACUGAAGCUGAGGUGCUGCUAGAAAGACAUCCAGACUGCGGGAACAUGGUGCUCAGACCAGGCCGGGACGGAUCUUCACUCGCCGUCACAACACGACAAGACCUGAACGGAUCAGUGUUCAGGCAUUACAGAGUGACACAGAAGCAGCAGGGUGGUUACAUUAUCGAUGUGGAUAACCCAAUCCCCUGUCCCACACUGCAUGAUGUCAUCAAUGCACUGGUGGAGAAAACCGCCGGGACUCUUCAGCCCUUCAUAUUAGAAGAGCCUUAUGAGGAGAACAUCACGUUUGUGUCGUCUAAUGAUGAGAAUGGAGAGCGAACCCUGCACUGUGCUCCCUCUGGACCUCUUUCUCGAGCUCCAUCACUGCCACCUAAACAAGUAAGUACAGACAGAUGGACGCUGCGGUCACAGACCAGAUCUCCCAGUUCCUCACCAAGAUCCUUUUCCCCGUUUGGCUCUCCGUCCAACUCCAUGAGAAGGCUGGUUCUGUCUCCCUCACCGCUCUCUCAGAGUAAGACCCCAGGGCUCCAGCUCCAAAACUGCCUCACAGACGAGCUCAAACAGAAGCUGGAGAAGAGACUGACCAGUCAAGAGUGAUUUCCUCCUCGUUUGUGCCCACCCUUCGUCGUCUCAUUCCUCCAGUGCCUUCCACUAAAGACUGAGGUCCUGUUGAACGGACAAAGACUCCCUGUAAAGGACAUUCUUCCCUCAGUGUGACUGAAACAAUGCCACUUUAUUUGGCUUUAUUUAUAACACGAGAGCGGCGGUCUACCAGCUUAUCCUUCCUCAUAAUAAUACCAUCACAGAAUGAUGGCAUUUCUGUUGAGAUUAUUGAAAUUUAAAUGGGGAAAAAAUCUGAGCCAAGAUUCUCUAGACCUCUCUCUAUACUAUUAAUUAGACCUUAACACUCAGGUUUCUACUGUCAAACCAUGAGUUGAGAGGAUAUUUCCACACAUUUAAGAAAGAAGCACAUCAAACAUGUAUGACUUGUAUUACUGGUUUUAGUGAUCUAAAUGCUCAGAUGAAUGUGAAUCUGUUAUGGUUCGAGGUAGGGUCCAAAAUGAACACUCGCCAAGCACCGAAUAAAUUGGGUUAAUAAAAAGCAAAUAUGUUUUGCAGAUGCUUUGAUCCAAAGUGACUUUGAUUGUAUUUUAAUCAGUCGUUCUCUGAGAAUUGA